AAAAAUCAUUCCGCGGAUCUAAAGUCACCAACGUCACCCUUUUCACACAUCAACAACAAAAUCAAAGAAAACAAACAAAAAAACAAAAAAACACGACGCACUUAGUCUUCACAAGGGAGACUUGGAAAAUCAAGCUUUAGAUUCCUCCUUAUAUAUGCACUUGUGUCGUCCAUACCAGAAAGAUGCUCUUUUGGAGUUUAAGAACGAGUUCCACUACAAUGUGAUGGCUGGGAAGACAGAGAGCUGGAGGAACAACACUGAUUGCUGUUCUUGGAAAGGCAUAUCAUGCGAUCCUAAGACGGGCAAUGUCUUCGAGUUAGACCUCCAAGACAGUUUUCUCAAUGGCCCUUUGAGAUCAAAUAGUAGUCUGUUCAGGUUACAACAUCUUCAUACCCUGGAUCUUGGCUUGAAUAAUCUUACAGGUAUUAUACCAGCUUCCAUCAGCAAUCUCAAAUACCUAAGGAAUUUGACACUUUACAGUUGCAAUCUCUUUGGAAAAAUUCCUUCUUCACUUGGAAAUCUUUCUUAUCUCACUGAUCUUGAUCUCUCUGUUAAUGAUUUCAAUGGUGAACUACCCGGUUCAGUGGGGUACCUGAACCGACUAACAGAGUUGCGACUAGUGUCGGCCAAUCUCAGUGGGAAAUUUCCUCUUGCACUACUCAAUUUGAGUGAGCUCACUUGGAUCGACCUUCGUUCUAACAAGUUCGAAGGUAUGCUUCCAUCUAACAUGAGUAGCCUCUCCAAACUGAUUUAUUUUGAGAUUUCGGGAAACUCAUUUUCCGGUUCUGUUCCGCUGUCUCUCUUCAUGAUCCCUACGUUGGUUGAUCUUGAUUUGGGGAGAAACGACUUCACCGGUCCUCUUGAGAUCGGGGACAUCUCAUCACCCUCUAAACUUCGUGUUUUAUACCUUGGAGAAAACAAUUUUAAUGGUCCAGUCCCAAGAUCCUUGUCAAAACUAGUCAGCCUCGUGUCCCUUGACCUCUCUUUCUGGAACACAAGGAGGGGCAAGGUGGAUUUCACCAUUUUCUUGCAUCUCAAGUCACUUAGGUUACUUCACCUCUCUAAUAUGAAUACCAAAACUAUGGUUGACUUGAGUCUUCUCUCACAUCUCACGUCACUUGGUGACUUGGAUCUUUCAGGGAUCAAUUUGAAGAUCAAUCCAACUCUCAAUCUUCCCUCGCCCAUUAAAUUCUUGGCUUUAUCAUCAUGCAGUAUUGUUGAGUUUCCCAAGUUUAUACAAUCCCAAACCAGAUUGAUCUACUUAGACAUUUCCGCCAAUCAAAUUGAAGGCCAAGUACCAGAGUGGCUAUGGAAGCUGCCAGUGUUGUGGUACGUGAACAUUUCUCAGAACUCCUUCUACGGUUUUGAAGGAUCAGAAGAUGUUAUUCAAAAAAGUGCAAAAAUAAUGCUUGAUAUAAGUUCAAACACAUUCCAAAAUCCGUUUCCUUUGUUGCCAGUGUCUCUGAUGUACUUCUCCUGCUCUGAUAACCGGUUUUCGGGGGAGAUAUCUAGAGAGAUAUGCAAAUUGGUUUAUCUUGAUACACUUGUUUUGUCCAACAACAACUUCAAUGGUUCUAUUCCUCGGUGUUUUGAGAAUUUCAAUACUACUCUUUCGGUGCUGAAUCUUCGGAACAAUAGUAUCUCUGGUGUUUUUCCAGAGGAGUCUAUAGGUGCUUACUUGCAAUCACUUGAUGUUGGUCACAACAAGAUAUCCGGAGGACUUCCAAAGUCUCUAAUCAACUGCACUCGUCUCGAGUUUCUUAACGUGGAAGACAACAUGUUCAAUGACAAGUUUCCAUUCUGGUUGAGGUUAUUACCCAAUCUACAAAUUUUAGUCCUUCGCUCUAACCAGUUCCAUGGCAAAAUAUUUUCUUUUGGUGCUUCUUUGAUUUUUCCCAAGCUUCGAAUAUUUGACAUUUCAAGAAACCUCUUCACUGGAGUCUUGCCUUCAGAUUACUUUGCGGGUUGGAGUGCAAUGUCAUCAGAUGUAGGAAUUGUAGAUAGUACACCGGUUAGGAUAUUGGGACGUGGCUCUGGUUUCUAUCAUAGGUCGGUAGCUCUAACAAACAAAGGGUUAAAUAUGGAGCUGGUUGGGAGUGGUUUCAAAAUCUACAAAAGCAUUGAUGUCUCUGGAAACAGAAUCGAAGGAGAUAUUCCGAUAUCCAUCGGCUUACUCAAAGAACUCAUUGUGCUAAACAUGUCAAACAACGUUUUCACUGGCGGCAUUCCACCAUCCCUGGCGAGCUUGACCAAUCUCCAAUCAUUGGAUCUAUCUCAAAACAGAUUAUCUGGUGAAAUUCCACCAGAGCUUGGGAAGCUGACGUUUCUUGCGCGGAUGAACUUCUCAUACAACAUGCUUGAAGGUCCAAUUCCACAGGGCACUCAGAUUCAAAGCCAGAAUAGUUCUUCAUUUGCAGAGAAUCCCGGGCUCUGCGGUUUUCCUCUCGAAGAAACUUGUGGAGGAAAAGAGGAAGAAGCAACUAAGCAAGAGGAAGAUGGAGAAAAGGAAGAAAAAGAUCAAGUAAUAAGCUGGAUUUCAGCUGCAAUAGGCUACGUACCUGGCGUGCUAGGUGGACUCACCAUUGGCCAUAUCCUGUAUUCAUAUAAAUAUGGCUGGUUCAUGAGGAUCUUUCACUAUUUUACUUAAUCAAGCAUUGGUUGCGUGAUGUAUCAACAUCUGUAUAACUAUCUUCUAACUUAUAAGUUUUAUUGUAAAUAAUUUGUCUUGCAAAGUAUGUAGAAACAAAAAUAUAUAUAGUUAUAGUAUAAAACAGUUAUAAA